AUGGAGCAGCAAGAGUCAGUGAUCCAACAGGAGCUAGCAGGCAGAAUCACUCUUUACUCCAUGAAAGGAUGUCUUCACUGCCGUUAUGCAAAGAAUCACCUGACCAAUAUGGGCCUCCCAUUCUUUGAAGUCAAUGUGGAGAAAAAUCCUGUAAUACACCAACAGAUUAUAGAUCUCACUGGACGUCUUACUGUACCACAAAUCUACUUUAACAACAUCCAUGUUGGAGGAAAUGAUGAUUUUCAGAAGUUGCCGCAAGCCGAGCUUGACAAACUGAUUGAUCUGGUUAAGAAUGAACCUGUACCUCCAGAUGCUCCUCCAAUCCCUGAAACGGAAGUUGUUGAAGAACAGGUGCAGAAGGAAGAACCAGUAAGUAAAGUAGAUGAAUAUACAAACCUAAUCAUGGACUUCAAGGAAAGUGGGAUUAUUGGCAACAACUGGAUCUGCCUCAAACUAUACCAGGACACCUUUUCAGGGAAAAAUUUUGUGAAUUGGCUGGUCGAUAAUAGAAAUAUUGACAAAUCUGCAGCGAUUGACUUGGGAAGAGAUCUGACAAAUAGAAAGUUUUUAAAUCCCGUGGCUGUAAAAGAAUUUGAAGACAGCAAUGCUCUGUACAGAUUGGUGGAGCAUGACUCUGUUGCUUCAUUAAAUGCCAAAAUUGCAGCCUCUUCUGUUUUUCAAUAUUUGGAGAUCAUGAAAGAUUUACUUGCAAAGUUGUUCUCAGAACACAUUACAUCAGACGGCAAGAUAGUAGAUUAUCAAUCCAUGGCUGCAAAUCCAGUUUUUGAGGAGUAUUGUCAACAUACAACGCAGUUACAGCAUAUCGAUAUUAGCAGUCUCAGUAGGAUAAAGAAGCUGGCAUUCUUCAUCAACCUGUACAAUAUAUUAGUCAUUCAUGGAAAUAUUAAGAACGGACCUCCAAGAAAUGCAUGGCAAAGAUAUCAAUUUUUUAAUUCCAUAAGUUACAAGAUUGGUGGAAAGGUGUUUUCGCUGAAUGAUAUUCAAAAUGGUGUACUUCGUGGUAAUCGAAAAGGUCCAGCUCAAGUUACAAAACCAUUCUCAAAAAAUGAUCAACGUCUUAAGGUUGCACUGGAGGGGGUAGAGCCACUUAUUCAUUUUGCUUUGAACUAUGGAGCAAUUAGCUGCCCUCCAAUCAAGAUUUACACCGCCGAGGAUGUUGACAAUCAACUAAAGAUUUCAGCUGAAGCUUUUCUUGACUGCGCUGAUGGCUGCCAAGUCAAUGUAUCGAGAAAGGAAGUUGGUCUCAGUCAAAUUUUUAAACGGUAUAAGAUUGAUUUUGGUGGAACAAAUGAGAAGUUGCUGAAAUGGGUGUUGGAGCAUCUCCAAGAUUCACCAAAGAAGAAAGCACUGAAAGAACUCCUAGACCAUGGAACAGUCAAAAUUGUUUAUUUUCUAUUUGAUUGGUCAACGAAUUCUAAAGACUGA